UUUGCUGUCCUACGUCGCCAAUUUUGGGCAAUGCUAGAUGAGGAAUGAUGCAAGGUCCCAUGGGUGGACGUUAGUCUCAUCAAAUGUCUACAUAGUACCAGCGGCCAUACCUUUCCGCAGAGGCGAUGGCGGGUGAAUUCGACUAGGGAGUGGUGAAUCCUAAUAGUGAUGUUCGGACAAGGUAUUGUUCAUUGGUUGUUGGGUUGCUAGGCUGCGGGCUGUGAGUUGCAACGGUGAAACCAUCAUUGAAGGUAAAGUCUACACUAGACGGCUAUAAAGACUUACAGCCUCCAGUCAGUCCCAUUGUUCCUCUCAACUUGUCUUUGUUAACUCAACACUGUCUGACUCCCGACCUUUGGACGCAAGAAAGCUAGGAACAAACAAGUACAAAAACGGUUCCUUAGGGUAGAAUUGGAAUAAAUUCGCAAGCUACGCACCACCUUUCGGAGACUACAACAUCCAGAAAUCAAACACGCCAGCUACAAAUCGCCAGACUUGAUCAAUCGGAAUUUAAUUUUUACCUGCUACCACAUUCUCCCACGCCAAAAUGCGUGUAUCCAAUAUUAUUUCCCUCUCUGCCAUUGGCGCUUCGAGCGUCCUAGCCCAGAACAACGCCACAGGUAAAUUGGGCGAUGCCGCUGCCAUUACUGGUAACCCGAUCGGCAAGACGGCUAUUGCUACGUUACCCGAACAGCCAUUCUGGAAGGGAAGCCUGAAUGGAAACGUACAAGGCUCCGUCGUGGCCAAGUCCGGCUUAAAUGGCGAGGGUGUCGACUACGAAAUAUCAUUCUCAAACUUACCUCAAGAGGGCGGUCCUUUUAUCUACCACAUUCACGUCGCUCCCGUUCCGGAAGACGGCAACUGCACCGGCACACUUGCGCACCUUGAUCAAUAUAUUCGCGGCGAGGACCCCGCUUGCGACUCGUCCCGACCGGCGUCGUGCCAGCAGGGAGACCUCAGCGGAAAAUAUGGAAAGAUCCAAAGCUCGGAGCCGUUCACUGCCAAGUUUCACGACCCGUAUACGUCCUUGAAGGAGGGCGACGGCGCCUACUUUGGCAACCGAAGUGUUGUAUUCCACUUCGCAAACAAGACCCGUAUCACCUGCGCCAACUUUGCCGUUCAGGGCUCGAACACCACCGCGCCGUACCCCACCGGAACCGGCAGCCCCGUCAAGACUUCGCCCGCACCUACGGCUUCACCAAGCAUUCCUGUUGACAACGCAGGCGCCGUUCUUAACGUUCUUAAGAACCUGGCGAUCGCUCCUGUCGUAGCAGGCUUCCUUGUUCUACUAUAAACGUAACUAAUAUGCUCGGGGUCAAUGGCAAUCAAAAGUUACUUAGCUAAUUCGCAUAUGUUGGCGUUACGGAGAUGAUUUGGUAGACUUCGGAAACUAAUCGUUGACAAUGCCUUGACGUCUAUGGACAUCAAAGGAUUUAAUGGGAAAGGGCACACUAUUAGUACCGCCCUGUUUAUGUGUAUGAUGUUCACGGCCGGCAACAAAAUAUUCUAUAGUAAUAAUUACCAAG